AUAUAUAUAAACAACUCUCCAUAUUCCAAACCUAUAUUCUCUUUUCAUCUCUCUCACUAUACUUACUACAAACAACAACUAGUCCCUUCAAAAACAAAGCAUCAUUCAGGGUGGUAGUAAUAAAAUGGAAUUUUGGAAGCUUUUUGUUGUUGCAUUAAUGCCAAUUGUUAAGGUUUUGUUGAUUACUGUUCUUGGUAUUUUUCUUGCACUUGAUCGUUUUCAUAUACUCACUACCGAAACUUCAAGGAAAAACUUGAAUACUAUUGUAUUUUUUGUCUUCUCCCCUGCUCUUGUUUGUGGCAGCUUAGCUGAAACAAUAACUUCAAAGAGCUUGCUUACGCUGUGGUUUAUGCCAUUGAAUGUUCUUCUCACAUUUAUAAUUGGAGUUGUUCUUGGACUGGUACUUGUUAAAUUGAUUCGAGUUCCUCAUCAUCUUCAUGGUCUCGUCUUAGGGUGUUGCGCUGCAGGAAAUCUUGGAAAUUUGCCUUUGAUUAUUGUUCCAGCUGUUUGUAAACAAAAAGGAAACCCUUUUGGAGAUGCGGAUAUUUGUCAUAAAAAUGCACUUGGUUAUGCUUCUCUAUCAAUGGCGAUAGGAUCCAUUUACAUUUGGACAAUUGUGUACAACAUUGUGCGUGUAUAUUCAAGCAAAAUUUCGAAUGAAGUUAAAGUCGACGAUUCCAUGAUUACUCCAAAUUCUCCAUUAGAAACUAAUCAAGAAAUUAUUUCAAAAGAUAAAUCACAUACAAAUCAUGUGAAGCAACUUGAAAUUGAAUGCACAACUUCUAUUGAAAGAGUAAAGGUACCAAAAAAUGAAAAGAUUAAGAAACACUUAAAAGUAUUAGUAGAAAAGAUUAACCUCAAAGCACUAUUUGCACCAUCAACAAUUGGAGCAAUUGUUGGUCUAAUAAUUGGCAUAGUUCCUAUAUUUCGAAAACUCUUGAUUGUAAACAAUGCUCCUCUUGCUGUUAUUCAAGACUCUAUAGUCAUGGUAGGGGAUGCAGGUAUUCCUGCAAUGACCUUGUUGGUUGGAGCAAAUCUUAUAAAAGGUUUAACAGGAUUAGGAAAGCAAUUUCCAAUUAUUGUUGGAAUUAUUGUGGUUAGAUUUAUAGCAUUACCAGGAAUUGGUAUUGGAAUUGUUAAAGGUGCUAUUCAUUUUGGAUUGAUCCAUCCUGAUCCAUUGUAUCAAUUUCUUUUGCUGCUUCAAUUUGCACUUCCACCAGCAGUUUCCAUGAGUACAAUUACUCAAUUAUUUGGAGUUAGUGAAGGUGAAUGCUCGGUUAUCAUGUUGGCAACUUAUUCUUGUGCUGCAUUUUCACUUACACUUUGGAGCACUUUUUUUAUGUGGCUAGUACUAUAAUUAUUUUAUAUUGUACCAAUCAUACUCCACUUUUUGGUGUAAUUAGAUUAGAUUUGAUAGUCAUUAGACUCGUAAGAGUUAGACUAUAAAAUCUUAUAUGAAAUGAUUGACUUACAAGUUUAAUGACUAUUUAAACAAGUAUCCAAUCAUAUUUUAAUAUAUUUUACUUUGUUA